AAGAAGAGCAAGAGCCGAAAGACGAUGAUAAACAGCAAGAAGAAGAGCAAGAGCCGAAAGACGAUGAUAAACAGCAAGAAGAAGAGCAAGAGCCGAAAGACGAUAAGGAGAAAACUGUCGGAGAAUGGGUGGAAGCCUUAAACGUUAUGGAUGAAUUGGGUUUUGAAGAUUAUUCCCCACUGAUAGAUAUAACAAGGUCCUCAAUUGAUAAAGCGGAAUUUAAAGAAAAACAAAAACAACUUCUCACCCAAACCUCCUCCUCUUUUAUUAAAGAUUUAGAAGCAAUAGAAAGAGAUGAUUAA